AUGACCGAACCCACCAAGAUCAGCAUCUUGGGCCGGGAGAGCAUCGUUGCUGAUUUUGGCCUGUGGCGCAACUAUGUCGCCCAGGACCUGAUCACUAACUUGCCCUCCACGACCUAUGUCCUGAUUACCGAUACCAACCUAGGAUCAAUCUAUACUCCCAGCUUCCAGAAAGCAUUCGAUACCGCUGUUGCCUCCGUCUCUCCCGUCCCCCGCCUCUUGGUCUACCAUGCCGCCCCUGGUGAGAGCUCGAAGUCUCGCCAGACAAAAGCCGACAUUGAGGAUUGGAUGCUGAGCCAGAGCCCCCCAUGUGGCCGAGAUACCAUCAUCAUCGCUCUAGGCGGCGGCGUUAUUGGUGAUUUGACUGGUUUCAUUGCGGCGACUUACAUGCGUGGGGUCAGCUAUGUCCAAGUCCCCACCACUCUCCUCGCUAUGGUAGAUUCCUCAAUUGGAGGCAAGACCGCCAUUGACACGCCGCUGGGCAAGAACUUGAUCGGUGCCAUCUGGCAGCCGUCAAGGAUCUACAUUGACCUCGAAUUUUUGGAGACGCUUCCCGUGCGCGAGUUUAUCAAUGGCAUGGCCGAGGUCAUCAAAACCGCUGCAAUCUCAAGCGAGGAGGAAUUCACUGCGCUCGAGGAUAAUGCGGAUUUGAUUCUGAAUGCCGUUCGCAGCAGCCCUCGGGCCGGCCAAGGCCGCUUUGAUGGCAUUCGUGAUAUUUUGAAGGCCAGGAUUCUGGCAUCUGCUCGCCACAAGGCCUUCGUCGUCUCCGCCGACGAAAGGGAAGGUGGUCUCCGCAACCUCCUGAACUGGGGACACUCUAUUGGUCAUGCAAUUGAGGCCAUCCUCACUCCGCAAAUCCUCCACGGCGAGUGCGUUGCCAUUGGUAUGGUCAAGGAGGCCGAGCUGGCCCGCCACCUGGGCAUCCUGAAAGGUGUUGCCGUCGCCCGUGUUGUUAAGUGCAUUUCGGCAUACGGCCUGCCUACAUCUAUGAAGGACUCUCGGGUUCGGAAAUUGACUGCCGAUAAGCAUUGCUCUGUGGAUCAAUUGCUUUUCAACAUGGCCCUGGACAAGAAGAACGAUGGCCCCAAGAAGAAAAUCGUUCUUUUGUCGGCGAUUGGACGCACCUAUGAGCCCAAGGCCAGUGUCGUUGCGAAUGAGGAUAUUGGUGUCGUCCUGGCACCCAGUGUCGAGGUCCACCCCGGCGUUCCAAAGACACUGAAUGUGACCUGCGCACCUCCCGGAUCUAAGAGUAUUUCGAAUCGCGCGCUUGUUCUAGCUGCGCUGGGUUCUGGUACUUGCCGUAUUAAGAACCUCUUGCACUCUGAUGACACCGAAGUUAUGUUGAACGCUCUGGAGCGACUGGGAGCGGCAACUUUUUCUUGGGAGGAAGAGGGCGAAGUCCUUGUCGUUAAUGGCAUGGGAGGCAAGAUCACUGCUAGCCCCACGCCUCUGUACCUCGGUAACGCUGGAACUGCUUCCAGAUUCUUAACCACUGUGGCCACUCUCGCUACACCAAGCACGGUUGACUCGAGCGUUCUGACUGGUAACAACCGGAUGAAGCAAAGACCCAUUGGUGACCUUGUCGAUGCUCUGACCGUCAAUGGAGCUAGUGUCGAGUACAUGGAGCGCAAGGGCAGUCUGCCCCUCAACAUUGGAGCUUCUGGUGGCUUUGCUGGAGGCAGUAUCAACCUUGCUGCGAAGGUUUCUUCCCAGUAUGUCUCUUCCUUGCUGAUGUGUGCUCCCUAUGCCAAGGAGCCUGUUACUCUGAAACUGGUUGGUGGCAAACCCAUCUCCCAGCCCUACAUUGAUAUGACCACCGCCAUGAUGCGUUCUUUCGGUAUCGAUGUGCAAAAGUCGACUACCGAGGAACACACCUACCAUAUUCCUCAGGGCCACUACGUUAACCCUGCUGAAUAUGUUGUCGAGAGUGAUGCAAGCUCUGCCACCUACCCUCUGGCUAUUGCGGCCAUCAGCGGCACUACUUGCACUGUUCCCAACAUUGGCUCGAAAUCUCUUCAGGGCGAUGCUCGCUUUGCUGUUGAUGUUCUCAGGCCGAUGGGCUGCACGGUUGAGCAAACUGAUUUCUCUACCACAGUUACUGGUCCUUCCAGCGGUAUUCUUCGGCCCUUGCCCAAUGUGGACAUGGAACCCAUGACAGAUGCUUUUCUCACUGCUUCCGUCCUCGCGGCUGUUGCCCGUGGCGAUGGCUCCAACCACACCACCCGCAUCUACGGAAUCGCCAACCAGCGUGUCAAGGAGUGCAACCGAAUCAAGGCCAUGAAGGAUGAGCUCGCCAAGUUUGGUGUUGUUUGCCGGGAACAUGACGAUGGUCUUGAGAUUGAUGGUAUUGAGCGAUCUACCCUGCGUCAGCCCUCCGGCGGUAUCUUCUGCUAUGAUGACCACCGCGUUGCUUUCAGCUUCAGCGUUCUUUCGCUCGUGACUCCCCAACCCACCCUCAUCCUCGAAAAGGAGUGUGUCGGCAAGACAUGGCCCGGAUGGUGGGAUUCCAUGAAGCAGCUCUUCGGUGUUAAGCUUGAUGGCAAGGAGCUGAGCGAGGCGGAGCUCGUCACCUCCAGCCAGGAGGAGAAGGUCAGCGCGUCGGUCUUCAUCAUUGGCAUGCGCGGAGCCGGUAAGACUACGGCCGGUAACUGGGUCGCGAAGAGUCUCGACCGUCCCUUCAUUGAUCUCGAUAUUGAACUCGAAAAGACUGAAGGGAUUUCCAUCCCGGAUAUGAUCAAGCAGCGUGGCUGGCAAGGAUUCCGCGAUGCCGAGCUGGCUCUACUUCAACGCACCAUGCAAGACCGACCCAUCGGCUACGUCUUCGCCUGUGGUGGUGGUGUCGUUGAGAUUCCUGAGGCCCGCAAGCUGCUUUCCGACUAUCACAAGAACAAGGGCAACGUGCUCCUCAUUAUGCGUGAUAUCAAACAGGUGAUGGAGUUCUUGCAAAUCGAUAAUACCCGACCUGCCUAUGUGGAAGAUAUGAUGGGCGUGUGGCUGCGCCGCAAGCCUUGGUUCCAGGAAUGCAGCAACAUCCAAUACUAUAGCCAACAUUCCAACAACACAGAGCUUGCACUCGCCUCAGAAGACUUCGAGCGCUUCAUGCAUGCUGUCACCGGCCGACAGGACAGCCUCGGUGUGAUCAAGAAGAAGAAGCACUCUUUCUUCGUCUCAUUGACUCUGCCCGACCUGCGUCAAUGUGGAGAUAUUCUGAGCGAGGCUAGCAUCGGAUCUGAUGCGGUGGAGCUUCGUGUUGAUCUCUUGCAGGAUCCCGCAUCGGAUAGUGACAUUCCUUCUGUCGAUUAUGUUGCUGAGCAAAUGUCUUUCCUCCGCCGCCGCGUCUCUCUUCCCAUUAUCUUCACCAUCCGCACCAAGAGCCAGGGCGGUCGUUUCCCCGACGAUGCUUACGAAGCUGCUACUCAGCUCUACCGUCUGGCGUUCCGCUCCGGAUGCGAAUUUGUCGAUCUCGAGAUCGCUUUCCCUGAUGAGAUGCUCCGUUCCGUCUCCGAGAUGAAGGGUCACUCGAAGAUCAUUGCCUCCCACCACGACCCCCAGGGCACCCUUUCAUGGGCCAACAUGUCCUGGAUCCCAUCUUACAACCGUGCUCUGGAAUACGGUGAUAUCAUCAAGCUGGUUGGUGUCGCUAGUAGCCUGGAUGACAACACUGCCCUGCGCAAGUUCAAGACUUGGGCGGAGCAGGCCCACGAUAUCCCGUUGAUUGCCAUCAACAUGGGUGAUAACGGUCAGCUCAGCCGUAUCUUGAAUGGUUUCAUGACUCCUGUCUCUCACCCUAGUCUGCCUUUCAAGGCUGCGCCCGGUCAACUUUCCGCGACUGAGAUCCGCCGGGGUCUCUCGCUGAUGGGUGAGAUCAAGGCUAAGAAGUUUGCCAUAUUCGGCUCGCCUGUGGCAGCUUCGCGCUCCCCUGCCCUUCACAACACCCUCUUUGGCGAAAUGGGUCUUCCUCACAAUUACGGACGCUUCGAGACCACCAACGUUGAAGAUGUCAAGGACUUCAUCCACUCUCCCGACUUCGGUGGUGCCUCCGUGACAAUCCCUCUGAAGCUGGACAUCAUGCCUCUCCUCGAUGAGGUUGCUCAGGAGGCCGAGAUCAUUGGCGCCGUCAACACCAUUGUUCCAGUGGCUAAUGGCGACGCUGCCCCGCGUCUGGUCGGCUACAACACCGACUGGCAGGGAAUGGUCCAGUGCCUGCGCAACGAGGGUGUCUACGGCUCCAACGGCACCGAGAGCGCUGUGGUCGUUGGUGGUGGUGGCACCGCUCGCGCUGCCAUCUACGCCCUCCACCACAUGGGCUUCUCCCCUGUCUACGUGAUCGGUCGCACCACUAGCAAGCUCGAGGGCAUGGUCUCCACCUUCCCGACCAGCUACAACAUCCGCAUUGUGGACGGCAGUAGCCAGCUGGACACCGUGCCCCAGGUUGCUAUUGGUACAAUUCCCGCUGACAAGCCUAUCGACCCUACUAUGCGGGAAACGCUCUGCCAGAUGUUUGAACGUGCCCAGCAGAUUGACGGUACUCUCAUUGGCAAAUCCGUUGAGGGCAAGUCACCCCGUGUUCUUCUCGAGAUGGCGUACAAGCCUUCAGUGACGGCACUUAUGCAGCUGGCUUCCGACGCGGGCUGGAAGACCAUUCCUGGUCUGGAAGUUCUUGUUGGCCAGGGUGUCAACCAGUUCAUCCACUGGACCGGAAUUACUCCUCUGUACCACGUCGCCAGGGAUGCUGUCAUGGGUGCUGAAUCCGCAUAA